AUGCUUAAAGAUACUUAUGACUGUGCAAGGAGUACUUUGGCUAAGGCAGGUGUGGUGCAGAUAGUGGAGGUGAUUUUGAAUGGCAUGGUUCUCAUGUGCAUCGUGGCCUCCUACUUUGUCCUGGCCGGAUUCAGUGCCAGCUUUGCCAGCGGCAGCGGCUUCGGGAAUAACUACUACUCACCUUUUGAGGGCACCGAGCUGGAGCAGGUUCGGCAGCUGGACCAGCAGUACACGAUCCUGCGGUCGCCCCUGAUCUAUGGUGGCGUGGCUGUUUCCCUAGGGCUGGGCGUCCUUACUAUGGGAGUUUUACUCCAGGGAGCCAAGAGUCUAAGGAAGCUGCCCGGGAGGUGGCUGCUGCUGGAGGCCACUUUCAGCCUCUUGGCUGCAGUCGGCUACUGUGUCGGCAUUGGCAUUUACCUGCAUACUGCAUUGCGCAUCAAUUCCACUGACACUUGCAAAACCAGAGAGAGGCUCUAUGCCCGCAGGGGUCUCACCUGGAUGAACUGCCAGCUGGCAGGCACCGACGGGGCAGCGGCCACCUUUGCUUGCCUUCUGGUGAUUAUGUACACUGCCAGCGUGGUACUAGCCCUGCGGGGCUACCGAGAACAGAAGCACUACAAAGACAGUCAGAAUCAGCACCAAAAUUAUAGUGAUGUCCCAGAAUAUGUGUGGUCUGGGACACUCUAA